AUGCCCCCCAUCACAGCAGCGGGUCACGUCGUCAUCGACACUCCCUCUCCCCUUCACUUCGCUCUCUUCCCCGUGCAGAUCGUUGCGCUGAUUGCAACCAUCGCGCAGUAUCUGAGCCCCUACCCCGUCAUCAGGAGGAUCGCAAGGCAGAACAACACAGGGCACUUCAGCUACCUGCCGUACUUGACCAACUUCAUCAACUCUUGUCUCUCCACCUUCUACGGGUUCCUCAUUCGCGACACCUUCGUGAUGAUGCUCAACAGCUUCGGGGUGACGGUGACGGCAGCCUAUCUGUUUGCGUACCAGCGGUAUUAUCAUGGCAGAAUGAGGCUGCUCGUGGAGAUCUUUCUUUCUCUCGUCACGCUGCUCGGGGCCUGUUACCAGGCGUCGAACAUGGAGGAGUCGAAGGGCAGAUAUUUCCUUGGAGCUGCUCAGAAUUUCAUUUCCAUCGCUUGUUUCGUCGCUCCGCUCGCUACCGUGCGGGUUGUGUUCGAGAGCCGAAGUGCUGAGAGUGUUCCCUUCCUCUUAGCCUUGAUGAACUUCUUCAGCAGUUUGUCCUGGUACUUUUACGGAGUUAUCAUCGACGAUUGGUUUGUCCAACUGCCAAACUUGCUCGGAAUAUUCUUUUCUCUCAUGCAGCUUUCGCUCUUUGUCAUCUUUCCGCCUGCUCGCUUUGUGGUCAUCUGA